AUGGAGGAAAAUUUGAUAAGCAUGAGGGAAGACCAUUCUUUUCAUGUUCGUUACAGAAUGGAAGCUUCUUGCCUAGAACUGGCCUUGGAAGGGGAACGUCUGUGUAAGUCAGGAGACUGCCGCGCUGGUGUGUCCUUCUUUGAAGCUGCAGUUCAAGUUGGAACUGAAGACCUAAAAACACUUAGUGCUAUUUACAGCCAGCUGGGCAAUGCUUAUUUCUAUUUGCAUGAUUAUGCCAAAGCAUUAGAAUACCAUCAUCAUGAUUUAACUCUAGCAAGGACUAUUGGAGAUCAGCUGGGGGAAGCCAAAGCUAGCGGUAAUCUGGGAAACACCUUAAAAGUUCUUGGGAAUUUUGAUGAAGCUGUAGUUUGUUGUCAGCGACACCUAGAUAUUUCCAGAGAGCUUAAUGACAAGGUGGGAGAAGCAAGAGCACUUUACAAUCUUGGAAAUGUGUAUCAUGCCAAAGGGAAAAGUUUUGCCUGCCCUGGUCCUCAAGACAUGGGAGAAUUUCCAGAAGACGUGAGAAAUGCUCUGCAGGCAGCUGUGGAUUAUUAUGAGGAAAACCUAUCACUAGUGACUGCUUUGGGUGACCGAGCAGCCCAAGGACGUGCCUUUGGAAAUCUUGGAAACACACAUUACCUCCUUGGCAACUUCAGGGAUGCGGUUAUAGCCCAUGAACAGCGUCUCCUUAUUGCAAAAGAAUUUGGAGAUAAAGCAGCUGAAAGAAGAGCAUAUAGCAACCUUGGAAAUGCAUAUAUAUUUCUUGGUGAAUUUGAAACUGCCUCUGAAUACUACAAAAAGACACUGCUAUUGGCUCGACAGCUUAAAGACAGAGCUGUAGAAGCACAGUCUUGCUAUAGUCUCGGAAAUACAUACACUUUGCUUCAAGACUAUGAAAAGGCCAUUGAUUAUCAUCUGAAGCACUUAGCAAUUGCUCAAGAGCUAAAUGAUAGAAUUGGUGAAGGAAGAGCAUGUUGGAGCUUAGGAAAUGCAUACACAGCUCUAGGGAAUCAUGAUCAAGCAAUGCAUUUUGCUGAAAAGCACUUGGAAAUUUCAAGAGAGGUUGGGGAUAGAAGUGGUGAACUAACAGCACGACUGAAUCUCUCAGAUCUUCAAAUGGUUCUUGGUCUGAGCUACAGCACAAAUAAUUCAAUAAUGUCUGAAAAUAUUGAAAUUGAUAACAAUUUGCAUGGUGCACGCCCGAAGUUUGGACGCCGACACAGUAUGGAAAACAUGGAACUUAUGAAGUUAACACCAGAAAAGGUACAGAACUGGAACAGUGAAAUUCUUGCUAAACAAAAACCUCUUAUUGCCAAACCUUCUGCGAAGCUGCUCUUUGUCAACAGAUUGAAGGGGAAAAAAUGCAAAACUAAUUCCUCCACUAAAGUUCUCCAAGAUGCCAGUAAUUCCAUUGAUAAUCGAAUUCCAAAUUCUGAGAGGAAAAUCGGUGCAGGUAUUACUGGAGACGAAGGGUUCUUUGACCUGGUAAGCCGAUUUCAGAGCAAUCGGAUGGAUGAUCAGAGGUGCUGCUUACAAGAACAGAGCUGCGGGACUGCUUCAGCUGCGGCUUCUUCCACUCCACCUCGAGUGAUGAUGAAAGCACCGUCUGUUUCCGUGGUGUCCCCCAACACAGAUGAGUUUUUAGACCUUCUUGCCAGCUCACAGAGCCGUCGUCUCGAUGACCAAAGGGCCAGUUUCAGUAAUUUGCCAGGGCUUCGUCUGACACAAAACAACAAUAAGUCCGUACUUGGCCACUUGAUGACUAAUGACAACAAAGAGCCUGAUGAAGACUUCUUUGACAUCCUUGUAAAAUGUCAAGGGUCCAGAUUAGAUGAUCAAAGAUGUGCUCCACCACCUGCCACCACAAAGGGACCAACAGUACCAGACGAGGACUUUUUUAGCCUGAUUCUACGUUCUCAGGCGAAAAGAAUGGAUGAACAGAGAGUUCUUUUACAAAGAGAUCAAAACAGAGACGCUGAAUUUGGGCUGAAAGACAUUUUGCAAAGUAAUGCUUUGUUGGAAUUUAAAAAUACAGGAAAAAAAUAA